UUCAUUUUACGCGCUCCGCGUCUCUGCGUCCACAGCGCUUCUGUCAGGCUUCGGAAAGCUGCCGGACAGUCCGCGUUCCGAUGGCAAAGCGGUCCAUGUGAUCGCUCAGUGUAAAGGAUUAAAACCUUUUUUUUUGUUCUCCCUCCAUCUCUUUAUCUUCUCUCUUUUUUUUCUUCCACACUCAUUUUCCACAUAAUGUGGGACGCGCGUCGUGUGCGCGGAGUGCUCCCCUCAGCCGUAGCCGCCUAACUGAAGGGGGAUCCCAGCUCGGUUUUCCCACCUUAGGAUCCAGAGUAGUUUGCAUGAAAAGGCUGGUUUACAGCGGCAAGCCAUGGAGGGACUUGCCUAGAGAGGAUCCAACAUAAUUCAAAAGUUUCAUACAUUUCCCCUUCAUAUUAUUCUUUGCCUGUUCAACGUGGUAACAUCUAUUGAGAAGUAUCCUUUUCCAUUAUCAUGGCCGAGAAGCUUGGAUCAACAGGGCCUAAACCCAACAACAUCCGAACUUCACCAUCAUUACCCCCCGAGCCUAUCGAAAUCAUUCGCACCAAAGCCCGCUCACGAAGGGUCCGCCUUAAUGUCGGUGGCCUGAACCAUGAGGUUCUGUGGCGGACCCUGGAUCGCCUACCAAGGACCCGGCUCGGUAAGCUCCGGGACUGCAACACCCACGAGUCCCUCAUGGAGAUCUGUGAUGACUACAGCCUAAAUGAGAAUGAGUACUUCUUUGACCGGCACCCGGGGGCCUUCACCUCCAUCCUGAACUUCUACCGCACAGGCAAGCUGCACAUGAUGGAGGAGAUGUGUGCCCUCUCUUUUGGCCAGGAGCUGGACUACUGGGGGAUCGACGAGAUCUACCUGGAGUCUUGCUGCCAGGCCCGCUACCACCAGAAAAAAGAGCAGAUGAAUGAGGAGCUGCGGAGGGAGGCUGAAACCAUGAGGGAGAGGGAGGGAGAGGGAGAGUUCGAUAACACCUGCUGCCCAGAGAAGAGGAGGAAACUUUGGGAUCUUCUGGAGAAGCCCAGCUCCUCCGUGGCUGCAAAGACUGCCCUCUCCAACAAAUCAAUCCCUGGACCUUCUGUGAAGAAGGAGAACCUGGUGUCUGCUUUCACCUGGGUCGAUUUCCAUCCUGUGUUCUUAGAAUUCCCCAUGAAAAAUAAGCUG